AGUGCUCGAUGUAGGGGUUCCGUAAUCGAUGUGGCGUUACGUUUUAUACCCUUGACCAUCGCGCGAUGGUCAUCACCGUGCCCGGUUUCGGCAACUCCAGCGGCCGAAGCAAAUACGCUACGCCGUGCUGAGCCACGCGUGUCGACGAUCGUUGUCGUCUUUCAGGCGCAAAACUUUCGGCCCACGCAGCAACGCCGUCUAACCACCGGUUGGCCGCCCGAUUCCGAUGAUGAAAAUGAAUAAAACAUAAAGACAGGCUGCUGCCGGGGAACCUUUGUCCGCUUCUUUCUUUGUUCUGUUGGCGAAGAAAACGCGAUUUCCCGGGGAAAAGCUCCCCCGUACCGUACUUCCGUGGAAGUGAUUGCAGUCGCGUCUGCGAUGCGUACGUUUGAUUCGCCAUCAGCAGAAACCUAGAUCAAAUUGUGUGUACGUGUGUUGGAUGUGUGUGUUUGUUUGUGUCUGCCAACGAUUCUCUGCAUGUGUGAGCGUGUGUGCUGGGAUGUAAUAUCAAGGAUAUCAAUUGACCGGCCAGCCAUCCAUCCUCCAAGGAUCAAAACUAAAGCAUUGAACGAGCGUUUCUGUAUGCGUGUGAUAUGUGUGCGAAUGUAUGUGUGAUGUAUGUGUGUGACGUGACAGUUGGAAAUGGCAACGUGGUGAUAAAGAUUUUACGACAUUGGAAUUUGUUGCUAGAGUGGUUUAUUAAUCCUACCGCACGGUUCACUGCUCGCCAACCACUCGCCAACCGCUCGCCAGCGUUCCACUUCCGGGAACGGAUCUCCCACCAACGACACCGUUUGCCCUUCCUCAUCUAAUCACCCAACAAUCACAUCCACCGAAAGGCGGAAGAAACAUCGUGCACAUAGAAAAAUCUGCACAAAAAAUAAAACACAUCAGCGCCGAAGUGAAGUAAACCAUAACAGAAACAAAAGAUAAAAACCCAACUUCGAAAUCUAGUGAACACGAUCGAACGGAGCAUGAUUUCUCCUUUGUGCCGAUGAAAGUCGAAGCGGACGCCCAGUACUUCACGCCGAUCGGUAAGGCCGGCCGGAUUUAUCGAGCCCGGUGUGCAAUUGUUCCGUGCGGGUGCUUAUCACCCGGGUAAGAAGAUGUGGUGCUUUUGCUAUGGGCGGUUGUGUGUGUGUGUGUAUGUGAUGUGAGUGAGUAUUCCCAGCAGAAGCAGCAGCAGUAGCAGCAGCAACCGAAAGUGCCAAACAUCAGCACCUGGGCUGUGGAAAAUCCUACGUCCGGUUGAGGUACGGUUCCUGUUCGGUCCGGCUCGAGCAGGAACUCGCAUUCCCUGUGGAGUAUCUCACCCUAAAAAAAAAAAAAACAAAAAACAAAAAACCUCAACCGUCAGCAACAACACCAAAAGAACAACGGUUUUGGCUGGGUGAGGAGAAAAAGCCUCACAAGUCGACGAAAACCGCAAGCGCGUGGUUGCGUGGUUCGCUUCCGUACCUACGGGUUCCGCACUCCGGGAUAGAUUUUUCCGUGUUUCAGCCAAACCGGGUGUUGCUCUCUGCCUCCCCGAGUGAUACACCGCAGCGAUCAGAUCUGGGGCCGCAUGUAUAUUGCGCCUUGGCACAGGAAGAUCUACGACACGCGGGGCACCGGCGCCACCGGCUGCUGGUAGCUGGUACGGGAAAAACGGCUGGGAAAUGUGGCUCCCGGUGGUAAUGGAUUUACGACUCCCCAUCCUCUGUUUGCUGAUAGUGGCAGAAAUAUCGGUAGGGCUACGAAAUGUUCGCGUCACUGUGCCGACGGCCGUACGGAAAGGCGACUCGGCCCACCUGUUCUGUGACUACGAGCUGGAGGACAAGGAACGACUGUAUUCAAUCAAAUGGUACAAAGGAAAGCGUGAGUUCUAUCGCUACACGCCUCAGGAAAAACCAUCGAUGAAAGUGUUCACUGCCGUUGACGUUGAGCGAUCGUUAUCGAACGAGAGUAACGUUGUUAUAAAAGCACUCGAAACGAACGUAUCGGGGAAGUAUAGCUGCGAGGUGUCGGCCGAUGCUCCUUCCUUUCAUACAAUUAUAGUAUCCGGUGAUAUGGAAGUUAUAGAACCACCGCCGGAAAAACCAUCAAUAACGGGGCUGCAGGGCCGAUACCGACCGGGCGACAUCCUGCGGGGCAACUGCACCUCGAUUAAUUCUAAACCGCCAGCAAAUCUGACGUGGACGAUUAAUGACAUACCGAUAAUACCACAGUACUACAAACAGUAUCGACCGAUCAAGGAUACGCACACGGGGCUGGAAACAUCGAUUCUGGGAAUCAAUAUUUUGGUUGCCCAUGCACACUUUAUCAAAGGAAAGCUUAAGCUCAAAUGCCAAGCGACAAUACAUCAGAUCUAUGACGAGAGCAGCGAGUGGUACGUGGAAGAGGAUCGGCCCCGAAUACUGGCGACGGGCUCCUCCAGUGGCCACAAUCUCAAUCAAAUCUAUCAACACUCGGUGUACGAUGGAGAGCUGCCCGAUCAGAGCGAUAUGUAUUUAACGGUCAAUGGCUACAAAGCGGAUAAAUCACCAACGUCCUCAUCGUCCGCGACCCAGCAGGUCGGUGCGUACGUGAAGGUGGGCUGGAUUGCAUUCUACAUCUGCACCAUCUGUACCGUGCUACUUUACUCGCUGCGGAUCGGAAUCUCCUGACUGUACAACCUGAAGGAAGUGAUUAAAAUAUAAGCCGGUGGACGUGUGGAUGUACACAGGAAUUAUGUUGCCGUACUGUAGCGCUUCCCCGGGAAAACCCAAUUUUCCCCCCGAACAAAAAGUCCCGAAAAAUACACGCGAAAGUCUCGUUAAUUGGGUGGGUGGUUGUGAACUCCCAACCGAACGCCUCCACUAAACCGCCAAACUAAAGCCUGCAUGCAAGCGAACGAAUAAUAAUGCCUUGUAGGAUGGAUUUCACUAAUGGAUGAAUCGCACACAGUCAAACACUCACCUACACGCGAACACUAUAGAAUUGGCCUGAUCUUGUAAUGUUAAGCUUGCGGAAAUCACAACGAUCGCUUGUAAAACUGAGUAGAAAUGCGUUAGGAGAGUUGUUAGUUUGAAUGUUUUAAGCAUCAGUUGCGUUUAGUUUCACUAGCGUCCUGGACGAAAUUGCGGGCGGCAACCCCCGUUUCGUUUCGAGGGACUUCAGCAAAACACAGCUAACAAUACCUGUACAUAUGCUAGCGAGUAAGUAGUUCCAGGUGGUAAAUGUACACUAGUGAGGUAAGGAAUGGAAGAAUGUAGAAGGUUCAAAAAAGGUUUUUAAACAAAAACAAGAACAAAACUCCCAUUUACAGCAAAUAAUGGGCUAAAAGCGUGUAGCAGCAGAUCAGGUAAACAAAUGUUGAAAAAUCAAAAGAAACACACACAUGUAAAUGAAACAAGAUAAACAAAGUAGAAAAAAAGUAUAAACAAAGUGUAUAUAGUACUAAAACUCGAUCAAUCAUGCAUUUGUUGGAACACCAACCGUGAAUGUGUGGAGAAAGAAAAAAACCCAACAGAAUGUAACAAACUGUAUUAGGCACGGUAGCUGCUGGCACGAUGGCUCGUCAUCGUGCUCAUUUUGUAUUGGUAAAUGUGUGAAGCAGACUAAGCGUUGAGGUGGAUUGUCGGGUUGCAAAUUUAAACAAUAAAAUUCGUAUGUUAAAAAAGAA